AUGUCAACAUUAACGAGGUGGAGGAGGAGAGCGAAAGCCGGCCAUUCCGUGAUGGAUCAUAAAAAAGGAACCACCGCCUCCGCCAUCGUAGGCGGUUAUAGCUUACUGGAAAGGAUACCGGAAAGCAUCCUCAAUGAAAUCUUCUCGAGAUUAGAACCGGAGACACUGACGACGCUUUGCUCGGUAGCAUGCGUUUCACGAACCCUUAACUCCUCCGUCAACAAACUUCUCUCCUCUUUCUCAUCCGUAGAUCUCUCGGCGUUUUCCGUCGAUUCUCAGACAUUUGAUGGAAUUAUUAGAAGGUUCAGGAAGAUCGAGAAGAUCACCUUGGAUUGCCUCCGUCUCAAUGAUUCUUCGAUCAGAAGUUUUCUCGGACCAGAUGUUGAGGAAUUGAUUUUGUUGAAAUGCUCUUCACUCUCUUACAGACUUCUUUCUAGCAUUGGAAGAACUUGUCCAAAUUUAAGAGUGCUUACGCUGGAGUUUUCUGGCUUUAUUGACAAGUCUGCAGUAUUCGAUUUGAAACUUGAAGACUCACUUGGAAGUUGUCGGUUCUUGGAGUCUCUUCGAAUUAAAGUCCGUGGAGGAGAAAUCAACGAAUAUGGCUUUAUGUUGCUUGGUAUCUACCAUUUGCUGCCCCAAACUGUCAAGAUUCUUAAGCUUCAGCCAGCUAGUGUAUUGGAUACUGUUAUUUACCUCAGAACAUUUAACUAUACCAAUCUUGGAAUCCUGAUUGCUCCCGCAUCUUUCGGACAGACGUUGACACACCUAUCGUUAGUCUUGGAUUGCAUCACUGAUGUCCUUCUUCGCUCUAUUGCACACUCUCUUCCCCUAUUGGCUGAGCUUGAUCUUAAAGACCGACCCACAUCUGAACCAUCUGAUGACUUGUCUGACGUAGGGAUUCAGUCACUAGUCGGUUGUCACCAUCUAACUAGCCUCUCUCUUGUCCGAAGUCGCCAACAUUUUGCCACCUCGUUCAAAAGAACGACUGAUAUGGGCAUGUUUUUGCUUUCUGAAGGUUGCAAAGGGCUAGAAUCUAUCCGACUUGGUGGGUUUUCUAAAGUUAGCGAUGCUGGAUUCACUUCAAUUUUGAAUUCAUGUUUCAACUUGAAAAAAUUCGAAAUUCAAUACGCUUCCCUUUUGACAGACUUAGCAUUCCAAGAUAUCAGUAAGGCUCCUAGGUCUCUUACAGACAUAAAAUUGGUGUCGUGUAGUUAUAUAACAAGUGAAGCAGUCCGUGAACUCGCUUCAUGUAGUGAUUUGGAGAUUCUCAAUUUACUCGGCUGCAGAAGUGUAGCAGAUUCGUGUCUUACCAACGUUUCACGCCUUAAAUUCUUGACAACCCUAAACUUAGGAGGCGCAGAUGUUACCGAUAAUGGUAUGUCCGUUUUAGGCAACGGGAAUGCUCCCAUUUCGACAUUGUCUUUAAGAGGCUGCAAAAGGGUAACCGAUAAAGGGAUUGCUUUUUUGUUUAGAAAUGAAGGAAAGAUCAGAAAAAGUUUAUCGUCUCUCGAUCUUGGUCAUAUGCCGGGUAUAACAGAUGAUGGCAUUAGGACUGUUGUUGAUGGGUCUUUAGGACUUGUAGAUUUGUGCAUUAGGAAUUGUUUUCAUGUCACGGAUGCUUCCGUGGAGGCUUUGGGUUUAAAGGGUAGAAGAUUUGAAAGUGAAAAAAGUAAAGUUUUAAGAAGGAUUGAUGUUUAUAAUUGUAGCGGGUUAUCAAUUGAAUCUUUAAGAUUGCUGAAAAAGCCUUUGUUUUGUGGUUUACAAUGGAUUGGAAUUGGACGGACCAGAUUGAUUUGUGGAGAUGUAGGGUUGGAUGAGAUUCAGAAGGAAAGAAAAUGGGUGACCAUUUGUAGGGAUGGUUGUGAGAUGGGAUGUCAUGAUGGAUGGCAAUAUCAUAAGUUCGGACUCUAAUUCGACGACUUUUUGCAAACUAUGAUGACCAUCUUGUAUUUUCGAAAUUGUAGGGACGAAAAGUGUUACAAUCGGCAGACUACAGGGGCCAGAUUUGUAGUUUAGUCUAAAAUGUAUUAAAAUGGAAGGAAAGAAAAUGGGUGAGUAUUUGUAGGGAUGGUUUGCGAGAUCAUAAGUUUGGACUUUCAAUCUGAGGGUUUUUUGCAUGAUGAACCGUUUAGUAGUUUGGGAAUUGGAGGGAUGAAAAGUGUUGUAACUGACAAACUACAGGGGCCAAAUUUGUAGUUUACAUAAAAUGUAUCAAAAUGAUGUAAUGACUAACGAAGUUUGCCUUAGGUUUUAUGUAGUGUA